AUGACGAGUAUAGACGAGCUUUUCAAAUCCUCCGCUGGGAACAAACGGAAGCUUGAGCCGCUUCGAGAUCCCAACCAGAUCUACAAAUCCGCGCGCCUCACUCCGGACGGCCGCAGUAGCCGCAACGCACGCGUCGAGGACGAACCGCCGACAACAGCAGACGACGACGGAGACGUCGAAGCCGGACCCGCCCCACCACCCGACGACGAGGAGGAGGACUACGGGCCAGGACUGCCGCCCGAAGACGCCGGCGAUGACGAGGACGGCCGCUUCUUCGGAGGCGGCAUCACAGCGCAGGAGACGGAGGUGCUGGAUUACGUAGCGGACGACGACGAGACAGCCGCCAACGCCGCGCCCGAGAAGAUCGACAGCGCCUGGCUGCGCAAGACAGCCCUGAACUUCGAGAAGCGCAUCUCGCGCAACGCCGAGCAGCGCGCCAAGUACGAGGACGCACCGCAAAAGUUCAUUGCGAGCGAGGCCGAGCUCGACGCCGACAUCAAGGCGCUGUCGAUCCUGUCCGAGCACCCGGACCUGUACGCCGAGUUCGCGCGCCUGGGGUGCGUCGGCAGCCUGGUGGGCCUGCUGGCGCACGAGAACACCGACGUCGCCAUCGACGCCGUCGAGAUCAUCAACGAGCUGACGGAGGAGGACGUCGCGGCCGCGGACGCGCAGUGGGACGCCCUCGUGGACGCGCUGCUUGCGGCCGACCUGCUGGGCCUGCUGGUGUCCAACUUUGAGCGCCUGGACGAGGCGACGCAGGAGGUCGACCGCAGCGGCGUGUACUUCGCACUCAGCAUCAUCGAGAACCUCUGCGGGCGCACGGCUACCGCGGAGCAGGUCGCGGAGCACGAGAAGUUGCUCCAGUGGCUGUUGCGGCGGAUACAGGCCAAGGAAGCGACCGUGAGCCAGAACAAGCAAUACGCCGCCGAGGUGCUGGCGAUACUGGUGCAGAACUCGCCGAAGAACCGGCAGAAACUGGCCGGUCUGGACGCGGCCGACAUCAUGCUGCAGUUAGUGGCGGCGUAUCGGAAGCGGGAUCCCGAGAAGGGCGGCGAGGAGGAGGAGUACAUGGAGAACCUGUUCGAGGCCCUCACGUGCCUGGUGGACGAGCCGGAUGGCAAGACCAAGUUCAUCGAGGCCGAGGGCGUGGAGCUCUGCCUCAUCAUGCUGAAGGAGGGCAAGCUGAGCAAGGCGGCCGCGCUGCGACUCCUGGACCACGCGACGGGCGGCUCGAUGGGAGGCGAGGUCUGCCAGAAGAUCGUGGAUGCCGGCGGACUGAAGAACAUAUUCAUGCUGUUCAUGAAGAAGAACAACGACGGCCAGACGUCGGAGCACCUCAUCGGCAUCUUUGCGUCGAUGCUGCGGCUCCUGCCCGGCGGCUCGGGGGAGCGGAUACGCACGCUGGCCAAGUUCGUGGAGAAGGACUACGAGAAGACGGAGAAGCUGGUCAAGCUACGGCGGGACUACGCGGCACGCAUCACGGCGGCGGACGAGGCGAUCCGGGCGGAGCAGGCGAGGCUGACGGUCGGGGAAAGGGAGGAGAUGGCGGACGAGUGGUUCUCGCGGAGGCUGGAUGCCGGUCUCUUCUCCCUGCAGACACUAGACGUCGUAUUGGCGUGGCUGAUAGCCGAGGAUGACGGGGCAAGGAAGACGAUCACGAAGCUGCUUGCAGACCGGGAUGAGACGCUGGGCGUCAUUAAGGAUACGAUACAGGAGCAGAUCGAGGGCAUGGACGCCGAGGAUGCGGAGGGCAAAGAUACCAAGGAGAUGCUGUCGACACUAGUGCAGUUCCUACAGUAG